CUUGUUUUGUAGGUUCCUGAAGGCUUCGAGGGAAACCAGAUUUAGAGAAGGCUCGAUGGCCCUGGGUGAAGAUGAGGCUGAGGCAGACGCAUCUGUCAACAGGAAGGUCCCCUCCUGUGACAGGUGGAACUCUGGGGAGCUGCUGCCCACAGGGCUUGAACCAGAGCAGCCCCCACAUCUGGAAGUUGAGGGAGCACCACUGUGGAGGGCUGAGGCCAACCCUGGCUGCAUCUCUGGAGUUUUCUUGUCACAGGCCCACACUGCCAGCAGAGAACCAAGAGCAGACAGGUCUAAGCCUACCCUCAGUGGCCCACUUCCUUCUGCAGGUGUGGGGACUGGAGAUCCUUUACACUCUGUGGAAAACCAAAUGGAGGAGAACAGACUUCCUGCCUCCCAGGACCUACUUCAGACUGUUAAAGUCUUUGGAACUAUAAAUGUUUGUUCAGAACAUAAUACCGACAGUGAAGAUGACAGGUCCGUAGUUGGUUCGUCUCAGGGGCUGGGUCUUCGCCAGCAGCCUCACGCCUCAGGUCUCCCUCUCCUAUCACAGUGGAAGUCCACAGCGAGCCCAGGUGCACCUCAGCUCUCUAGCAGAAGCAUCUCUGCCUCCUCAGUGGGCAGUAGUCUGCAGGGUCACCAAGAGAAUGCAGAGCCUCAGAGUGGCUCCUUUGCCAAUGUCUCCUCUCUAGAUGUGACUGUGCCCCAGGGAGCAUCCUCUGUGUUGGGGGCAAGGCCUCAGUUCCACUGGCAGGGCCUCAGCUCACAGCCUGUGGCCUCUGGUGGUGACGCUACAGGCCGGGGUAAGAGACAGCUCUCCUUUCAGGCAGAGUACUGGGCCUGUGUGCUGCCAGAUUCUCUGCCUCCUUCCCCUAACCGCAACUCCCCACUCUGGAACCCAAAUAGGGAGUAUGAAGAUCUGCUCAACUACACUUACCCACUGAGGCCGGGGCCUCAGCUCCCAAAGCAACCUGAAAGUCACGUGCUGACUGACCCUGUGAUGCACGACUCAGGGGUAGAUCUGGACAGUUUCUCUGUCUCCCCAGCAAGUACUCUCAAGUCACCUGCUAAUGUCUCCCACAACUGCUCAUCAACAGAACUGCCUGCUCUGCCAUUUUCUGGAGCCAGAGAGCCAUGUCUUAAGCGCUGUCCCUUGGGAGUAUCCCAAAAACAGAGUGGCAUAAGCCUCACAUCCUGGAACCAGCUUGCCUCAACCCCAAAAGCCCCAAAGACCGAGGAUGCCUCUUGGGGGAACAGAGAAGCAGCUCUAAGGGGCACAAAGGACUGUCCACCUAUAGGCAGGACCCUCAGUGUGGGCUCUCCCCAGCUGAGGACGAAGGAAAGAGAGCAGCCCUUUCCCAGGCUAGAGAGGGAGAAGAAAGCCAGCCAGAGUGUUGGGCGUCCCACCUGUGUGAAGCCGGGAUGGGUAUCAGAAGAGGAGGUGGAAAGUGACGAUGAGUACCUUGCUCUGCCCACGAGGUUGACUCAGGCUUCUAGUUUGGUGACCUACUUAGGUGCCAUUCCCACCUUUGUGAACCUACCCACCGGAGCUGCUGAGGAGCACAGCUCAUUGGAAGUCUCAGACAGUGAUGGGCCAGCUUCCCCAACAGUGGACUCCAGCCAAAGGCAGCAUCCUUCUGGCACUGCCUUUCAAGGGUCUGUGGGCCAGAACCCCUGCUUCAUGUACUCUACCCAGCCCCAGGACUCCACAGGCAAAAGUAGUCUGAUGGGCAGCCAGGCCCUUGGGGUCUCUUCUGGACUGCUGAACACUCAGCCCUCCUUGCAAGCUGCGCCAGACAUGUGGCCAUUCACAGAGCAAACUGCCAGAGAGACGUGUCCCAGGAAAGCAGAAGGGCAGGAAAAAGCUUCCCUGGUGCAGUGUGUACAGGCAUUCUGCUGUCAGUUGGAAGAGCUGAUCUGCUGGUUGUACAAGGUCACAGAUGUUGCUGACUUCAGUACUCCACCAAGGUCCAGUCUUACAGGUCUCAAGUCCUCUCUGCAGCUUUACCGGCAAUUUAAGAAAGAUGUGGAGGAACACCAGUCCCUGACAGAGCGUGUGUUGGAGCAGGGGGAGGUUCUUCUUCAGUGCCUGCUGGACAACACCCCAGUUUUAAAGGAUGCCCUUGGGAGGAUCGCAAAGCAGUCUGGUGAGCUGGAGAGCCACGCAGAUCACCUUUAUGACUCUAUCUUAGCCUCUUUGGAUAUGUUGGCUGGCUGUACCCUCAUCCCUGACAACAGGCCAACAGCAGCAAAAGAACACCUGCACAAAGGACUUUAAGUAUCAGCCCAGGCAGAGAUGGAUUCACCAUCACCUAAGUUGGGUCUUGGGAAGAAAACUCAAGAACAACUCGUAAGGGCCAUGUAACAGUUAAGGCAGGGGAGAAAUCCGGCUUUAACACAGUUGUUUUACAAUGCCUUCUCACCUCUGAAGGGUUCUUGAGUCACUGUUCUGACUUACAGUGAAUCCCUCCAGACUAAGGCUUUUCCUUCUGGUGCUUCUCUACCAAAAAUAUGUGGCUUUAUAGGGUUUUUUGGUGUGUGGGCUUAUGUACCCCUUCUGUUUAAAAACAAAACAAAACAGAUAAAACACCAUUUACAGAAAGCUGCUCAAGAAAGAAGAUUCCAAGUACUUGGGAUUCUCAGGCACACAAGGGGAUGGGAUCUAAGGGAGUGAAAAAGUUAGUAGGCAAAACCGUGGAUUUUUUUCAUAACCUGAACUAGAGUUCUGUAAAGCCCUUAAUCUACAGUAAGUCAGUAGAACCUCUAUACAGUCAUUUG